AUGAAGCAACUUAAACGGCCACUAAAGGGUCCAAGCACAGCUAAAUAUUACCCUGACCACAUAGAACACUUCGAAAAGGCCACCUUGGAGAUGAAGCGAGAUCUGAUGUUCACAGAUGAGUCAGAGGCAAAUACCAUAUUGCACUUCUGUUGA